UCAGGAGGAAGAAGGACACUCCAGUCCUGAAGUACCAUUGCAGGAUGCCGGCCAUCUCCUCACACUCACAUUCUCCCGUUUCUUCCACGUCUUCUCUUCUGAAUGCGAUCAGGCAAAUCUACUGCUCUCUUACCAGUGCUGUGGGAUUUUUUCUCACAUGCUUUAUGACUAUCCUGGUUGGAGACAGUGGAGUGGGAAAGACGUCGUUGCUGGUCCAGUUUGACCAGGGCAAGUUCAUACCAGGCUCUUUUUCUGCAACGGUGGGCAUUGGAUUUACCGUGAUGCUGCUUGGAGAUUCAGGCGUGGGGAAAACCUGCUUCCUCAUCCAGUUCAAAGAUGGGGCCUUCCUCUCUGGGACCUUCAUAGCCACCGUCGGCAUAGACUUCCGGAACAAAGUGGUGACGGUGGAUGGUGUGAAAGUGAAACUGCAGAUCUGGGACACUGCGGGCCAGGAGAGGUUCCGGAGUGUGACUCAUGCUUACUACCGAGAUGCACAAGCACUCCUCCUCCUGUAUGAUAUCACCAGCAGAAUAUCCUUUGACAAUAUUCGGGCAUGGCUCACGGAGAUCCAUGAAUAUGCCCAAAAGGAUGUUGUCAUCAUGCUGCUAGGCAAUAAGGCUGACAUGAGCAGUGAGAGAGUGAUAAGAACAGAAGAUGGAGAAUCACUAGCCAGGGAAUAUGGAGUGCCUUUCAUGGAGACCAGUGCCAAGACGGGAAUGAACGUGGAACUGGCCUUUCUGGCCAUUGCAAAAGAGCUCAAACAGCGAGCCGUCAAGCAGCCAGAGGAGCCCCGGUUCCAAAUCCAUGACUACAUAGAGUCGCAGAGGAAGAGGGCCAGCUGCUGCGCCUUCCUCUGAAGGAGGGGGAAGUGAGGGCGGCCUGAGGGCCGAGUGCCAAGAAAAGUGCCCAAGCAGCAGACCGGCACCUUGGAAAGG